AUGGAUCCAAACGAUGGAAAUGGAGUAGCUGAGGAUGCUUUGCCACCACCUUCACAUGUUCCAGAAGUUGUUGAACAAGUUCUGGAGCCAGUUAAGAGCAGCAUUGAGGUCAUUAAUAAUGGUGAUGAUGUUUGUUUAUCACAAAGAAAAUAUUGUAUAGAUCUAAUUUCUGAAUUUGGAUUGUUGGGGUGUAAGCCAUCUAAAACACCCAUUGAUUAUAAUUUGAAUCUUGACAAUGACUUUUGUAAAGGUGUACCUCUUGAGAAUGUUAUUGGCUACCAGAAACUUGUUGGUAAGCUAAUCUAUUUAACUUUAACAAGGCCUGAUAUAGCAUACUCAGUUCAGAUUCUCAGCCAAUUCAUGCAUGAUCCUUAUGAAACUCAUCUCAAACUUGCCAUGAGAGUUCUCAUGUAUUUAAAAGGAUCGCCAGGUAAAGGAAUUCUAUUUAAGGGAAAUUCUUCCCUCUCUCUUUCUGCCUAUGUAGACUCAGACUGGGCCAAGCAUGUAACUGCCAGAAAGAGUGUCUUCGGAUACUGUCUCUUUCUUGGUGGUUCACCUAUUGCUUGGAAAAGCAAAAAACAGUCCACUAUAUCUAGAUCUUCUGCUAAGGCCGAAUUUAGAGCUCUUGCUUCAGUGACUUGUGAAAUUAUUUGGGUAUUAAUAAUGGAUGAACUUGGAAUUAAAAACCAAGUUCCAGUUAAGGUAUACUGUGAUAGCAAGGCAGCUUUACAAAUAGCUGCAAACCCUGUCUUCCAUGAAAAAACAAAACACUUUGAGAUAGAUUUAUUCUUUGUUAGGGAAAAAAUUAAUCUUGGGGUUAUUAAAACCAUCAAGAUUAAAUCUGAACACAAUGUUGCUGAUAUCUUUACAAAGGGACUUACUGUCACACAACAUUAUACUCUUAGCAAGCAACUUGGACUCUUUGACAUAUUCUCUCAAUUAAGCUGA